GAACAAACUCGCUUAAGUGAUCUUCAUAUGAAACCUAGUUACAACCUUAUUCGCAUCUGCUUUAAAAUACCACCGUAGGUAAUGGAUAACUGACCCUUUGCUCAUGACUGAGGACGAUAUUACGCAUGCUGCAAAGCAGCGCAAAAGGACUUUGUUUUUUCUACAACGUAUGGCUGUCGAUCAACCCCACAUUCGCGUCGACAUGCACGACAAGACCGAACACAAUGCCCAAUUCCUCGCAAUAGACAGUUCUGACAGUAAACUGGCCGUCCGAAAUCUCGAAACGGACUGGGGCGUCAUUGACAAGGCCGUUCUUCGCACAGGAGACAUAACCUGCAUACACUUCCGUAUUCAGAAGGAAGAGGGAGAACUGUGAGAAGGUAACUGGUUCAAUGAAAGAGCUUCCUGCCCCAGAAUCUGCAAGCACCUUGCUGACUAUUAACGGACACGUCUUACGGAUUCUCUAUGCAUCAUCCCCUCACGCUGACUCUUCUAUUCCCUUCUUUACCUUAAUAAGAAACCGUCAACUCGACGGGUCAUUCAUUAUCAUGCACACGACGAAAAAAAGCUAGCCGCCUAGCUACAUAGCCGUAUUUGGUAGUAGUCGUCACUAUAAACAACACGGGUGUUAUACAAGAAAAGGUGUUGGUUGGUUUUGUCAGACAUCGUUCUAAGAUAUGCUUUAAAGAAGACUCUCAAUGUCCUUAGCAAUGUGCUCUGGCUUGCUGAUACUAGAGUAGCGUUCCACAGGCACACCCUCACGGUUGAUAAGAAACUUUUCAAAGUUCCACUUGACGCGUUCGAGACCAAGCUGCUUCUUUUGACUCUUCAAGUAUUUGAACACAGGAUCUGUUUUGUCACCAUUGACAUCAAUCUUUCCCAAAAUAGGGAAUGUGACACCGUAAUUCACUUGGCAGAAGCUUUGAAUCUCGUCAUUGGUUCCAGGAUCCUGGUUACCAAACUGAUUGCAAGGGAAACCGAUAAUGAUGAAGCCACGGUCCUUGUACUUUUGGUAGAGCGCCUCCAAACCCUUGAAUUGAGGAGUGAAACCGCACUUACUGGCAGUGUUGACGAUCAAAACAACCUUUCCCUUCAAUUGAGAAAAGGGGAAGGGCUCUCCCUUCUUGUCGAGAGGUGCAAAAUCAUAAAUCUUGGUCAUUGUUGUUGAGUACUGCUUUGCUGUGGGUAAUGGCAGAAGACAAGUUUGUCGCACAGAGAAACUUCGUUUACCUUUAUAUACCACGUCAUUGCCCCACGUCAUCGUUUGGAAACGAGCACGAGUGGAGUGGAGUAGUGAGUACUUUACGUAGCAUAAUCUGCGAACGGCUGAUGCAUGGAGGAGAA